AUGGCCAAAGUCGGCAUCUUCCCCGCGGCAGGCGGCUUGGGAACCAGCGUCAUCAACCACCUCGUCAAACUCGUCCCCGUCGACCAACUCAUCCUUAUCGCCCGCAAACCCGACUCUCUGGCGGAAUUGAGUCGUCUCGGUGCGACCGUCCGACGCGCAGACUAUGAAGAUCCCUCGUCGCUGGAACGCGUGUUCGAUGGGGUGGACGUGUUGAUGCUGAUCUCGUAUGCGUCGUUUGAGAUCCAGUAUCGCGUGGAGGCCCAUCGCAAUGCCAUCGACUGCGCGCGCCGCAGCGGUGUCAAGCAUAUCUUCUACUCGUCGCUCGCCGUGGCACACGUGAUGGGCGCCCAUCUACGCACCGAGCAAUACUUGGCCGAUCUCCAAGCGCAGAGCGACAUCACCUACACGGCGAUCCGGGAAGGGCUUUACUCGGAGUCGUUCCCGAUCUACACGGCCUGGUUUGACCUGGCGCAUCCCGUGGAGGAGGUUACGAUCCCGCACGCUGGGACCCCGCCGGGGGUCACGUGGGCCAAACGCGACGAACUCGGCGAAGCCACCGCCAACUUGAUCGCCUCCUACGUGCAGGACCCGCGCUCCUUCCCGUAUAUCAAUCGGCUGGUGUUGCUCUCGGGACCGCGCGAAUAUUCGCUGCAGGAGACCGUCGAGAUCCUCGGUCGAGCCGUCGGGCGGACAGUUCGCAUUCGCGAGAUCUCACCAGACGAGUAUGCGGCGUUGUCGACGCAUGGCACGAAGCACACCUAUCAUGGGAUUAACCUGGCGAGGGAGUGGGCGACGGCGUGGGAUGCGAUCCGACGGGGGGAGACAGCGGUGGUGACACCGCUGUUGAGGGAGAUCUUGGGACGCGAGCCGGAGGACUACGAGACCACGAUUCGGGCCUUAGCCCGGGAGGUGAGGACACAGGAAGGAAGUUAA